AUGAGAAGUCAGAUUCAGAUACAGAUGUCCAGACCGCGAUGGGCCAAACACUCCGAUGGAUCACCCCGCAAAUUGACUUUACUCGGUCGAUCUAUCUUACUGGUCAGUGGAGAGUUGUUGGCCAAUGCGAUUUGCUGGAUAGCAGCAGGUAUAUGCUUUAGGGAUGCAGAUGGUCUGUUGGGGCUGGCUUUACUUGCUUGGACAAUCGGAUUGAGGCACGGUCUCGAUGCGGAUCAUAUAUCUGCUAUUGAUAACGCAACCAGACAAUUAGUCAGUUUAGGUCAAUUACCUAUCACCUGUGGACUGUUCUUCUCUUUGGGACAUUCCACAAUCGUGAUAGUAGUGAACAUAGCUAUAGCAAUCAGUGUUGACAUCUACGACAAACUGGACAAAGUCGGCUCAGUCGGUGGUAUAAUAGGCGCCUCAGUUUCAUCCUCCUUCCUAUUCCUCAUAGCAUGUAUAAACAUCUAUUUCCUUAUCGGUGCUAUACGUCAACGUCGAAAGAUCAAACGACGUCAGGAAGCGGGUCUACCCAUCGAAGAUGAAGAUGCCGAUCCGACCAAGGUAUAUGGCGGAGGAUGUAUGGUGAGAAUUAUCCGACCUGUUUUGAGAGCUGUAGAUAGGAGUUGGAAAAUGUAUCCUGUCGGGGUACUAUUUGGUUUUGGGUUUGAUACUGCUUCUUCGAUUGCCCUUUUGGCCAUCUCAGCAGUAGCUCAAAGAGGUCCGAAUGGCAAAGAGAUCAAUCAUGGUAAAAUCGUGAUAUUACCUUUCACCGCGGGAAUGUCCCUUGUAGAUUCUUUAGAUUCCAUUCUGAUGCUAUACGCCUACGCUACACCCUCGACGGAUACCCCCGAAGGUAAAUUAGCGUUGUUACAAGCCUAUGAAGGAGAUUCGAAAACCAGUCUCAGUCUCGUAGAAGAAAAUGUCGUUCCUGUUCUCUCGUCCGAGGUGGAUUCGAACACAAGGAGGGAACAAGGCAGUGAGAUGAUUGGCAGAAGUGAGAUCGAGGUGUUGGAAAGAGAAGAUCAACAAGAGGAACAAAAUCAACCCAAAUUGGCCCCUUAUCAAGAUACAAGUAAUCCAUUCAACGCGCCUGAGAUGGGUGAGAACAGCGAAAUGAUCAAUGGAAACGAAAGGGAAACGAGUAAUCGAAAAGAUAGAUUGUUAAGAGUGAAAACUCAAACAAUGUCAAAUUUGUCUAUUAUCCUUACACUCCUAUCAAUCUUGGUGGCAUUAAGCAUAUCACUCAUUACGAUGAUGGGUCUAAUAGGCGAGAACUGCCAGAAAUGUACAGACGCAGCUGAAGAUCCAGAUGGAGGAGGGUUGGCAGGAAGUUGGUGGAGAGCUUGGUUCAGGGCAAACGACCAAUCAGGUUAUAUAGGAGCUGCUAUCGUAGGUUGUUUCGCAGCUAUCUUAUUGGGUUAUUACGGUGUAAGAUUCGGGAUGAAAAAGCACAAAGCGAGAAAGGGCUCGGUGGUAUUAGAAGAUAGUAGAGAUGAACAAGAGGUGGUUUUAUAA